CGAUAAGCCAAUGAGAGCCCAGGACGCAAACUGGCGUCAGGGCGGGACUUCCGGUGUCCUGUCAUGGUCGUUACUUGCUUAGUGGCUGACCUGUUUUAAUUUAAGGGCGGCUGUGACUUGUGCUGCGGCGCCGGGCGGGACAGGGCGAUGUGGCUCAUAGGACCCCCCUCCGCGCUUUUGUAAGGCCUUGGGGCAGGACUCACCUUAGCGCUUGGGGUCCCCCGGAUCGCCUGUCUGUCACGUCCGCUCCGCUCGCAGUAUCCUUGUCUCUGAGGGACUCGGUGAAGAUGUCAGUGACUUUUGAAGAUGUGUCUGUGACCUUCACCCAGAAGGAGUGGGGGCAGCUGGAUCCAGCCCAGAGGACCCUGUACCGAGAGGUGAUGCUGGAGACCUGGGGGCUCCUGACCUCGCUGGGGAAAUCUCUUCCCAAACCAGAGCUGAUCUACGGACUUGAACAUGGGCAAGAGCUGUGGACAACAGAGAGAGGCCUCGCUCCAAGCACCUGUGCAGGUGACAAAACACAAUCCAAGACCCCAUGGCCUACUGCUUAUCAGCCGGCCAUGGCUGAAGGAGCCUCACUCCAGGAACUGGCUCAGGGAGUCUCAAGGGACUCCAAGUGGGUUCGAACCAGGAGACGAAAAGGGCCACCAGAAAAGCAGGAAAGGCUUUUGAGGACAAGGGUAGUGCCCCAGAAGGAGAUCCGCCUUGGAGAGAGAGUCCCUGAAUGCAGUCCUUUGGGGACACAUGGUAGUUUGUACUCAGGAGACUCACAGGCACGAGGCUCUCCAGGAGAUGCUUGCCAGGAGCGGGGCUCAGAAGGACCAGGUAACAACACUUUGAUUCAUGCACGGAAGAGCCCCUGUGAAUGCCAGCAGUGCAGGAGAGGGUUCAGCAGGAAUUGCUUCCUUAUUAAACAUCAGCAGAGUCACACUGUGGGGAAACCCUACACGUGCAACGAGUGUGGAAAAGCCUUUCGUGAGAGAGGAGACUUUGUUCGACACCUGAUGAUCCACACUGGGGAGAAGCCAUACAAGUGCAUCGAAUGUGGGAAGGGCUUCAACCGCAGCUCAUACCUUACGCAGCACCAGCGGAUUCACACUGGGGAGAAGCCCUAUGCAUGCACUGAGUGUGGGAAACAGUUCACCCACCACUCCAAUCUUGUUCAGCAUCACAGGACCCACACUGGAGAAAAACGCUUUUUGUGCAAAGUAUGUGACAAAGCCUUUUGUGACAGUUCUUCCUUAAAUAGACAUAAGAAGAUUCAUGCUGACAAGAAGCCAUAUGAGUGCAGCGAAUGUGGAAAGGUCUUUGCCCAACUCUGUGCUUUUGUUGGUCACCAAAGGACCCACAGUGGAGAAACACCCUUCGAGUGCAAAGAAUGUAAGAAAACCUUUUGUUACAAAUUUUCCUUAACACAACACAUGUGGCUGCAUACCGGAGAGAAGCCCUUUGAGUGCAGUGAAUGUGGGAAAGCCUUCAGCCUCAGGGUAAGACUGAGUCAGCAUCAAAAGAUCCACACUGGAGAGAAACCCUACGAAUGCCACGAAUGUGGAAAGGCCUUUACCUUUAGCUCAAAACUCAGUCGGCAUCGAAGGAUCCACACUGGAGAGAAAGUCUUUGUUUGUAAGUGGUGUGGGAAGGCUUUUGGCCAGAGGGAUUACCUUAAUCGACAUCAGGUAACUCAUCGUGAGGAAAGACCUUUUGUAACCACUGUGGGAGAUCGUUUGGCUGGGAAAACCAUCUUAUUCGCCACCUGAGAAUUCCUACUGAAGCGAAACCCCAUUAUGUGUCACUGCUGUGAGGAAGCCUCCGGGCCGUGGGGGAGAUGGAAAUCUCUGUCACACAUGAUUGUGGUGGGUGGGCCAGGAAUAAAAUGCUUUAUCUCAGUGCUCAUCUAAUAGGACUUUUGAAAUUGAUGACAUUUUUAUUAAAUUACAGGUAGCCCUGACUUACGACAUAUUCACGAGUCACAACGAACUGCACUUAUGACUGUCUUUUUUUUUUUGUACCGCUCAUCGUUAGUAAUAUGUACUACAUACAGUGUUAUAGCAUAUAAUUUGCUGAUGUUAUCGUUCUCAUGCCAACCCCCAAAACAAAGAUCAGAUUUAUAAAUAUACUGAUAAUAAAAGGCAAUAAUAGUGAAAACUCUAAAAAUAUUGAGGUAUUCUGAUAAUAAAAGGCAAUAAUAAUGAAAACUUUAAAAAAUUUGAGGUAUUUGACUUAUGUCAGAACCAACUUAUGACAGAGUAGUUGGAACUGAACCCCAUCAUAAUUUGGGAAUUGCCUUACUUCCCAUUUGGUUUUGUAAUUCUUGGGAAGAUACGGAAGAAUAUGUAGGGGCCCCCCCGGACAGGUGGGGAGUCGCACUUUGACCAUAGCAACUCCUGGGAGAUAGGGUGCAGUAGUAUAAAAACACUGGGACUUGCCUGCUGAGAUUCUGAAACCCCAGACCAGUGAGUUUGUGGAAGAGUGCCAAGAACUUGGGUGAGCAAGCCACAUGCUGAAUUUGGAGUUUUAGCCACAUCCUGAACUUGAAAAAAUUAAUUUCUCACCUUUAAAGCCAUCCACUUGUAUUUCUGUUACAGCGGCACUUAGCUAACUAAGACGUAUUCUCGCCACAUCCUGAACUUAAGUAAAUUUCUAUCCUUUAAAGCCAUCCACUUGUAUUUCUGUUACAGCAGCAUUAUAGCUAACUAAGACUUAUUCCCUGCCGGGUUAGAGAGGAGAGGAAAUAAUUUGGAAGAAUUUGAAUCAUUGCUGGCUUUGAAGAUGGAGAAGGGGGCCCAUUCAUCAGUGAAUGUGGGUGGCCUCUAGAUGCUAGGGACAACCCUCAGAUGACAGCAAGAAAUGGGAAUCUCAGUCCCCCCAACUGUCAAGAACUUAGGCUCCAUCUCUCACUGUGUUCAUUAAAUCUGGCCAUCUGCCCGGUCAUUUUGGAUCACCUUAUUUGCAGGUGUGGAGGAACAGGAAUGUUGUAGCUCCAAGGUAGUAGUUAGGCUUGUUUACAAUCACCAUGGAAACCUGAAGCCUCAAACCUUGGUCACAAUUCAAAGGGGCAUGGUCAAGGUCAAACUUGGGCGGAGGCAAGUCUCCCACCUGGCACUGUGAUGCCAAGCAGCCCUUCUGCUUGUCUUGGAGACGUAGGCUCAUCCCUGCAUGCUGGACUGCUUGGCAUUGGCAAGUCCCCAGGAGGCAUUGUAGCCCUUUGGGAGUGUCUAGACUUGGAGCUCUCCUGAUGAUCAAGGGCAAGUGAUUGUGUCUGAGCCCUGAGUAUUUCUGUAAAAUGUGGGGAGAACUUCUGAUUCUACGGAGGAGAGUGAGCUGGUACCAUGGGGGAAGGUGGAGGUAGGAGGUGGAAAGGGGAAGGACUGUUGGGAUUUGUCACUCUAGGGCAGGCAGUUGUUAGGUGCUCUGAGUCGAUUCCAGCUCAUAGGGACCCCAUGGGAUGGAGUAGAACUGCCCCAUAGGGUUUCCUAGGCUGUAAUCUUUAUGGGAGCGGAUGGCCAGGUCUUUCUCCCAUGGAACCGCUGCUGGGUUCAAACCACCACCUUUUGUUUAGCAGCUGAGUGCUUAACCACUGUGCCAUCAGGGCUCCUUGGGCAGGCAGUAGGAUGGGGCAAUUCUAAAGGGUUUUCAAGUGAUCAUGCGCAGUCCCAUUGUGACAUGCCCAGAGCCUCAGCUGGGGAUGGGGCAGGCAGCCAAAGGGCAAGAAUCAAAGCCCAGGUCCGCAGCGUCUCAUAGUGCACAGACAACAUCUGGGCACUGAGGUCUCCGCUCCUACAUCUACUUGGCCUUUCCUAUCUCAUGACCAUCAAAGCUGACUGCUGAGCUGUGCACUGUCACACCUGCCCCCAUCCCUGAGCUCAGGUUCAGACACAGGUCUCCGGCUCCUUCCCCACCCUCACCCCUCCACCAGUCUAGCCAUCUCAGCCCAAGGCUGAGCCUGCUGUGAACAACAUGCCUCUUAACUCAUCUGCAGCUCCUGCCCUUAUUUCCAGAUUUACCUGUGGUGCCUGGACAACUGUGAGGUUCAGGUGGCCUAGGUGAGGAUGGCUGCCUUCAGAAUGUGAAGCACUGUAGGCACUAAGGAUUCUACAGAGGACAGUGAGCUGGUGAAACAGCGGAGAUGGAGGCAGGAAGUGGAAGGGCCAAAGACUUGAGAUCUGUUACUCUAGGGCAGCUGUUAGGUGCCAUCGAGUCGUUUCUGACUCAUAGUGACCCCAAAGGACAGAGUAGAACUGACCUAUAGGGUGUCAGUACCUUAAUGUGAAGUGCCACAUGUGCAGCGCAAAUACCCUCAUGGAGGACAGUAUCCCAGAAUUAUCAACACACCAUUGAAUAAUAAGGAAAAACAAAUAAAAGAUUAAAAUAAUUGAACUGAAAACGAGACAAUGAACGAGGGUCUUUGCCUUGCUCAGGAAAAAUGGACCACCAGAGAAUGAAGUUGUCCAAAUCCUCAAGUAUUCUUCCAGAUGGAAAGAUGUGGGCUCUUGCCUGACAUAGGAAUGUACUUGAUCCUUGGGAAUUAUCCAAGGGGCCCAGUAAAAUAUCCUCCUCAGAACUGGCUCAGAAAUAAUUCCAUAGGUGAUGGGAAAAAACCCUUUUCUACUAGAGUCACAAGACGCCUUGUUCACACAAAAGGAGUUUUCCCACAGGCACCCAGCAUGAUCUCACCAACCAGCGGAUGUCCACCCCCACCUGGUCUCGUCUCCCCCCGGUUUCAUAUCAUAUCAAAUAUAGGACAAUUUUCCCAUCUUAGAUUGUACUUCAGAGUGACCCAGACUCACUCCUGAAAUGUAUGGUUGAAAAAAAAGAACUGAAUUUGCCACCAGUGAGUUUCCUCAAGGUUCAGUCUAAAGACUGCAGGUUUUACAUUUGUCUUUAUUGAAAAACAUUGGUAGAUUCUUCCAUCAAUAGGGAAGAAUCUCAAAAAUCUCAACUUGAUCAAUAAAACCAAGGCCCUGAAGAAAAGCCUAAAACCAUUUAUAUUUAAGGUUGAAGAUAAUUCAGUGUAUUAUUUGGAGAUUCUAAAAAUGUGAAAACAUCUACAGAAUACUGUUGUUGUUGUUGUUAGGUGCUGUUGAGUUGGUUCUGACCCAUAGCGACCCUAUGUACUAUUUUCACAAUCGUUACCCUUGAGCUCAUUGUUGCAGCCACUGUGUCAAUCCAUCUUGUUGAGGGUCUUCCUCUUUUUUGUUGACCCUCAACUUUACCAAGCAUGAUGUCCUUCUCCAGGGACUGAUCCCUCCUGAUAACCUUUCUAAAGUCUGUGAGACAUAGUCUCAUCAUCCUUGCUUCUAAAGAGCAUUCUGGUUGUAAUUCCUCCAAGACAGAUUUGUUCAUUCUUUCGGCAGUCCAUGGUAUAUUCAGUAUUCUUCACCACCACCACAAUUCUAAAGCGUCAAUUCUUCUUCGGUCUUCCUUACUCAUUGUCCAGCUUUCACAUGUUGAAAAUACCAUGGCUUGGGGCAGGCGCACCCUAGUCUUCAAAGUGACAUCUUUGCUUUUCAACACUUUAAAGAUGUCUUUUGCAGCAGACUUGCCAGAUGCAAUGCAUCUUUUGAUUUCUUGACUUCCACGGGUGUUGAUUGUGGAUCCAAGUAAAAUGAGAUUCUUGACAAUAUCAAUCUUUUCCCUGUUCAUCAUGAUGUUGCUUAUUGGUCCAGUUGUGAGGAUUUUUGUUUUCUAUAUGUUGAGGUGUAACCCAUACUGAAGCUGUGGUCUUUGAUCUUCAUCAGUAAGUGCUUCAAGUCCUCUUCACUUUCAGCAGUCAAGGUUAUGUCAUCUGCAUGAGGUUGUUAAUGAAUCUUCCUCCAAUCCUGAUGGCCCUGUUCUUCUUCAUAUAGUCCAGCUUCUGGGAUUAUUUGCUCAGCAUACGGAACACUAAAAAAAAAAAAAGAAAAAAAAUUCAGCAUACGGAA